AGGAGAGAAGAGGGAAGAGCAGUAUCAUGCAUGUGCCAUUGUAAAAAUUCAAUUCAUAUUUCUAUUACAGGUAUUUUACAUUCUUUCGUUUUCUAAUGGCGGACGACUCACCUCCUACCAUUUCCCCUACGGAUAACUGCUGCCACAGGUCUCCUCGCCGUGAUUCUGAAAGAUGUUAUCUAUCUUGCCGGUAUGUGCUGGCCGGGAUGUCUUGCUCAGGAUUUUGUGUUGUGUAUCUUCUGAGGGUUAAUUUGAGUGUGGCACUGGUUGCGAUGGUUAAUUCAACUUAUGCGAAUGCAAAAGCUACCGCAAACAACCCCGAAUGUCAGAGAAAUACCGCAAACGUGACUCGAGUUGAGGAUGGAGAAUUUAAAUGGGAUCAAGAGAUGCAAGGGCUUAUCCUGGGUGCAUUCUUUUAUGGUUACAUAGUCACACAACUUCCAGGUGGUUGGUUAGCAUCCCGUUAUGGUGGAAAGGUUGUGUUUGGCUGUGGAGUCCUUUUGACAUCAGUGGCAGCACUGUUUACUCCAGCUGCUGCUUAUCACAGUGUUGCAAUUUUAAUGUUGGUGAGAGUGGUGGAAGGUCUUGGACAGGGUGUGACAUUUCCAGCUAUGCAAGCAAUGUGGGGUUAUUGGGCUCCACCUUUAGAGAGGAGUAAAUUAGUAACUAUUUCUUAUGCAGGCCUUAGCCUGGGGACAGUACUUGCAAUGCCAAUAUCUGGGUUAUUGUGUGCAUCAAAUCUCUGGGGAGGAUGGCCAGCAGUAUUUUAUAUUUUUGGUGCUAUAGGUAUUUUGUGGGCUAUUAUGUGGCUAAUGUUAACUCAUGACAGACCUGAAGACCACCCCAGAAUAUCAGCCAAGGAAAAAGAGUACAUACAGUCAAGUAUAGGGUCUGGGGAUGAUGCUCAUGCAAGGAAUUAUAAAACUCCUUGGUUGAGGAUUUGGAGAUCACCAGCUGUCUGGGCCAUUGUUGUAGCAAAUGUUUGUGACAACUGGGGCUUCUACACUUUUCUCACUGGUUUACCAUCUUAUCUUAAAGAGGUUCUCAAUUUUUCAAUUCAAGAGAAUGGCUUUGUGUCUGCUCUUCCAUACAUACUGAGUUUCAUAGGUACUAUUGGUAGUGGCCAACUUGCAGAUUGGCUACGUUACAAAAGAAUAUUAACAACUGGAGAAGCUAGGAAAGUAUUUGGUACUGCUGGUUUCCUGAUUCCAGCUUUUCUUUUGGUGUCCACAAGCUACGUAGGAUGUGAUAACACCAGCCUUGCUGUUGUUCUCUUUACACUUGCACUAGGAGUACAAUCUUUCAACUCAACCUCUUACUCUGUCAAUCACUUGGAUAUUGCACCCAGAUUUGCUGGUAUUCUGGUGGGGAUAACCAACUCAUUUGGUACAGUUCCUGGUAUUGUUGGUCCCUAUAUCAUAGGAUAUCUUACAGAUAAUCAGCCAACAAGAGCACAGUGGCAGAAAGUAUUUUACAUAUCCGCUGGAGUUUUUGUUUUUGGUUGGUUUAUUUAUUUACUCCUUGGAAGUGGUGAGCAGCAGUCAUGGAACACUCCAUGUGAAGAUGUGCUGGUACCAGUGGAUUUUCCAGGGGAGACUAGAAAACCAGCCAUGGCUGCAGACCACUAUUCCAUUAAUAAUGCCAACACUCAUGACAGAGAUCAUGCAGUACAAACCAAUAGUUAGAACUUUAUGUUCUCAAUUAGUUGAACUGACCAAAUAGUAUCAACGUACAAAUACAACAACAGUUUUUAACAUCACUGCUAAUUGAAUUGGGUUUGACAUUUUUAAAUUAUGGGGAAGGUAUGUUUGCAUGCAGUUCGCGGGAAUUCUAAUCCAUUGUUUUUAUGGUAAACACUGAACAGAACUGACCAUUUAUCUAAACCCACAGGGUAUUUUUCAGUUUCAAUUAGUUACUUUUUAGAUGUUUUUAAUUUUUUUGUAAUUCAAGGAAGCUUUAAAUUUAAUGCCUUUUUAGCUGUCUUUUGUGAGCAUGGAGGGGACCAUCUAUCUGAAUUCUUCAAUAUCAAGUAUGCAAUUGAAAUAUCUUUGCCUAGCAUUAACUUAAUAAAAAUUUUAAAAAGCUACACCAGUUUGCCAAAUAUUACACACUUUGGACAAUAUUUGUGUAAGGAUACCACAUGUGAACUGCAAUUGCAAUAAAUGAUGCUUGAUUUGCAUAAUUAUAUCAAUAUUUAUAUUGUAUAGACAUAUUUAAAUCAUUCCAAAGGGCUGUUCAGGAUAAAGGAACUUUUUAUGAUGAGAACACACAUAAUUACAUACCAAUGAAUGUAAAAAUUAAUGUGAAAUAAGAAAUUAAAU